AUGCAGUCCUUCAAGAGUGAUUUUAAAACUAUCCAGAUAGCUGCUGUCGAUCCUCAUGCGCCGCCUUCAUACAACAACGUCGAGUAUGAAUCGAAAAUACAGGAGAGCAAAGAAAUCCAACAGAUGCCACCAAAGAAGCCGCAAAAAGGAAGAUUGCAAAAAUUCCUCGCCUGGAUUUUUUGCUCCUCCGGCUCAAACAAAAGCUGA